AUGAAAACACAUCGCUAUGAGAAUUUGGAGGACAUUAAACGGGCUGUAACGUCGGUGUUGAAGAACCUAACUUCAGAAGACUUCCAGGAAUGCUUCUACAAAUGGGAAGAACGCUGGACCAAGUGCGUUAGACUCGGAGAAGAGUACUGUGAAGGCAUAUGUGCUUAA